AUGUCGCUGCCACCGAACUGGUCCAAGUAUACGACAGACGAAGGAAAAGAGUACUAUCACAACUCGUCAACAAACCAGACGCAGUGGGAGAAGCCUGAAUGGUCCACGGGCGCGCCGGAGUCGCUGUCCUUCCACAGCCAGUCCUCUGAAGUGUAUCGGCCCACAGUUUCUGACCUCGACCUUCAUGACCGGGCGACGGCUGGGGGAGGGCACCUGGUCCCACUGGGCUCCGGCCACGAGGCUAUCGGCGGCAAACUCGCCACGACCGAGGCCGACACAGUUUCCCUCAGACAGGCGCCCGGUGGUGUGAUGGACUCAGCGGGUCCCGCCGCAGGGGGCGCUCCGACGUCCAACAACCUUCGAGGAUUCGGUAGUAUGUUAGCCUCUGCUGCGGCAGGAUCCGAGGAGGGAGCUGCCGGUGUGCAGGGCUGGGCAGGCUCCAUGCUUUCAUACGCGCAGCAGAUGUUUGAUGUGAGCUCGGAAGACGUCGUCAAGCGUCUGAAGCUUGCUCUCGUGCCUUUCCAGGGACUGGAUGCGGCCGCACCAGAUUUCCGCACAAGGCCUGAUUUCUACGGGCCUUUUUGGGUCGCCACCACCGCGGUGCUCUUCUUGGCCGCGACAGGAAAUUUCGCGCGGCUGCUCGAGACAGAGGACGAAACGACCUUCAAGUCCGACUACUCCCUCGUCAGCGUGGCUGCCUCGAUGGUCUACGGACUCCUAGUGGGCGUCCCACUGGCGACGCGGCUGGGGCUCUACUGCUCUGGGCAGUCGGUCGAUAGCAUCAACUUCAAGCAGGUGAUCUGCGUCUACGGCUACUCGCUGACUCCAAUGAUUCCCAUGUCAGUGAUUUGCUUGAUCCC